AGCAUGACCCUCUGAGGAUAUACAAAGUGUGGAAAGCCUGUGUAAAGGAGUAUGGUCCAGUAUUUAGACUGGAUAUGCCUGGGAUGCCGCCAAGUGUAUACAUCUCAGAUCCUGCAGACAUAGAACACUUGUUUAAGUCCACAACAAAGGAGCAUCAUAAGCCAGUCUUCAAAACCUUAAGUGCCAUUAGGGAUAAUCAUGAUUUCCUCCAACCAAAAAGAGCUGGCAUUCUGACGGAAUAUGGAGAAGAGUGGUGGCGUGUCAGAAGGCGAGUCCAGCCAUAUACGGCCAAGCCAAAGACUGUGGCCAUGUAUCUUGCCCAGAUGGAUCAGGUUGCCUUGGAUUUUGUGGACAGAUGGGCAGAUUUAAGGGAUGAAAACAAAGAGCUGCCAAGUGACUUCGCUGAAGAGCUCUACUGUUGGGGCCUCGAAUCUCUAGGGUUGGUGAUAUUCAACAAACGUCUCGGGUACUUGGAAGGGAAUCCGGAAGUGAAGGAUGUUGUUCAGAUGGCCAGAGAUAUAUUUCAUCUUGUUCAGAAGUUGGAGUUAGCACCCAUACAGUGGUGGAAGAUAAAGGAGACUGAAGAUUUUAAGCAGCUCCGGCAGACAAAUGAUAAGCUCUUGAAGUAUGUCCAACACUCGGUUAUAAAUGCUUGCAAGUCCCUGGAAGCUCGCAGUCCUGACAGCCAGGAGGAACUCAACAUAGUGGAGAGGUUGCUCCUUGAUGAUGAAUUAUCUUUUGAGGAUGUUCAUGUGUAUCUCAUGGACUUGUUAACAGCAGGAAUUGAUACGACAGCCAUGACUGUGGCCUUUACUCUAGUAAAACUUGCCCAGAAUCCAGAGAAGCAAGCAAAGCUCCAUGACGAACUAGAUACUGUACUUGGGGACAGACAGGAGCUGUUGACUCCCCAGCAUAUGGGUGACCUGAAAUAUACAAAGGCCUGUGUCAAGGAAACUCUACGGACAAAUUCACCGGCAAUCUUGACCAUGAGAAAGCUGUAUGCAGAUACUGUACUGGGUGGAUAUAUUGUGCCAAAGGGGUUCACUGUGAAUGUCAUGCUGAACAUCGCGGGGACACAGGAUGAGCACUUCCCAAGAGCUGCAGAGUACCUGCCUGAACGUUGGCUGCGUCAUCACCCAUUAGGCCCUAUCAAUCACUAUGCUUCUAUACCUUUCAGCACAGGUCUCCGGAAUUGUGUAGGACGCAGGUUAUCUGAGCAAGAGUCUUACACUAUUGUUGCUAGAUUACUUCACAAGUACCGGCUGGAGUGGCAUUACGGAGACCUCGAUCCUAUCAUGAGUAUUGUGGUGACACCUGAUAAACCUCUCAAGUUGAAAAUGAUUGAAAGGAAGUGAGGCUUAAUAAGCCUAUCCAGCUAACAUUGACCUUAGGGAAAUGAACACUUUACAAAACUUUGUUACUUAUUCUUCUGUUAGUACAGAUGGUUAUAAUGAUAUUAGUUACUUGGGUCAAUUUAUGAUGAAUAACAGAUGGAAAUUUGAUAUCAAAACACUUUUUAGAUAGUAAAAAAUUAAAUGUGUAUUGUAGAACCCCUUUAUGAAGGAUUGGCAGAUGUUCUGAUUUAAUUUGAAUUAGCUUUUUUAAUAAUUGUAUACUGUGAUUAAAUAAUAAAAAAACUGUUCAUUAAUUGUUCCAUUGUGGUAUUGUUAUUUUUUUAAUAAAUUUUUUACUGCA